CCGACCUCUCUAAUUGCACCCCCGGGGUAUGUAAAUUCUACAGCAAAAAUAGCCAAACUUAAAUUGCCGUAAAUACCUAGAUCCUCGACUACCUAGGUACCUAGACAAUAUUAUUGCUGAAGACUGUUGAAUGCGAACUGAUUUGCACUUAAACCACCUACUGCGUAGUUAUCCAGUGAGGUUUGACAGUUUACAAAACGGGUUCGAUAGAGGCUGAAGUGGUGCGAAGUUAGCACAGCGACCUACGGAAUACCUAACCUAAAUUUAUCGAGGUUUCAAGGUGGGGUUGGAGAUUGCCCCACGUUGUGAACUUGUGAUAGAAGACCGUUCCAUCCCAUUUCGACACUCAUAGAGUAGGUUUUAUGCGAUAUAUCUCCUGUCUACGCCUGUCCCGCGGAUUUAAACUCCAUAAUCUCAGUUCCAUACUGGAGAGAUGUACGCUUUGGCAUUGACUGCCGAGUUGGUAGGCGUUACCAACCUCCGACCCAAAGACACGGAGGAGACUCCCUUUUGGUAUACCUUCAAAGUCCAAUGCACUUCCUGCAGAGAAACACAUGCCAAGGAGGUGGCUGUUAGCCGAUUUGAUACCAACGAAAUGAGUGGGAGUCGUGGGGAGGCCAACUUCGUUUGGAAGUGCAAGAACUGCAAGAGGGAGUCGUCUGCAACCAUCAAAGCUGCCCCGACGCCUUACGAGCAGAGCGAGCCCGCGAAGAGGCGGGAUAUCCUUGAAUUUGACUGCCGAGGCCUCGAGUUUACUGAAUUCAUUCCAGAGGGCGUGUGGCUCGCUGAAGGCAUUGACUCCAAUAGCAAGUUUACAGAAAUCGAGCUGCAGGACGGUGAAUGGUUUGACUACGACGAGAAAGCAGGUGAGGAGGUCAGCAUCAAGGACAUCAAAUGGGAAAUCAGACGAGCAUAAAGGGGUGCGUGGAGAUUCUUAUGUCGUAGUAACAUCCAACCCUAACCCUUGCCUAUCAAGGGAGGUACUGUUAAACUGUUAAAUGCAACUCCGAAUUUCUGGAA